AUGAUAUCGCAGUCCGCUAUCGCCCUGUGCUACUGUAGACAGUUGUGUCCAUUGCUCAAGAUGUUGAUUCAUCCACCAAGCUAUACUUCGCUCAGCGAGCUGGCAAGUCACAGUGCUGGUGGAAAAGUAUUAUUCGCCACAGAUGACUUCUUUGCAACCUGUGAAAAUAUGAUAGCUGAUGAAGAGCCAAUAUUCAUAGCUGAUAAAUAUACGGAGUACGGUAAAUGGAUGGACGGCUGGGAGACCAGACGGAAGAGGAUCCCGGGACACGACUGGUGCAUCAUCAAGCUGGCUACCAAAUGCGUCAUAAAAGGAUUGGUAAUAGAUACAGCCUUCUUCACUGGAAACAAUGCUCCAAAGUUUUCAAUUCAAGCAGCAACACUGACUUCAGAAGAUGAAAAACUUAUACCAGUCAGACAUCCCACGAUGGGCUCGUCAUGUUCCGCCCAAGACAUGGAACUGAUCACCAGAAUUCAUUCGGAUGAGUGGCAAGAGAUCGUCCCUGUUACUGUGCUACGGCCGGGAUAUGAAGAUACCAGAUUCAAUUAUCAAAAAGUCGUAAACGAUGACUCCUGGACACACAUCCGAGUUAACAUAUAUCCUGAUGGUGGCAUCGCCAGACUCAGAGUAUUCGGCGAAGCCAAACCCGAACUUCUGGCUAUUCACGAUAUGAUAGACUUAGUGUCAUUACUUAAUGGAGGAAUCUGUCAAGGUUUUUCGAACGCUCACUACGGACACCCUAGAAAUAUAUUAAAACCAAUGAAAAGCAGGUCAAUGGCUGAUGGUUGGGAGACGGCGAGAAGGGCGGAUAGGCCCGAGAUCAUCGAAGAGAAUGAUGACGGAACUCUGAGGUUUUCAGGCAACGAGUGGGCAGUCUACAAAUUAGGUUUUGCUGGUACAAUAAGAAGAGUGUGCAUUGACACAACACAUUUCAAAGGAAAUUAUCCAGAUCAUAUCAGGAUUGAAGGCUGCAAUUUAGGACAGAAUGAUUGGGAUAAUCAAUCCAAUAACGAAUGUAAUUGGAGAAGCAUAUUGGUACCGUGCAAGCUAUCUGCCCACAAGGAGCACUGGUUCAGCUGCCAAUCAGACCUCAUCACCCAUGUUAGGGUCACAAUAGCUCCGGACGGUGGACUCAGCAGACUCCGGCUUUUAGGAUACGUUGACCAGACUACUUUAUAGCCAAGCAUUUCAGUGAAGCAGACCUCUACCAUUCUGUAUUAUAC